AUGUCAGAUAAUGCAUCAUACGACUGUAGUUUUUGCUGUGUUUUGCAGUUGCAAAAUUCUGAUUUUGGAAGUGACGAAGAAGGUUUAUUAGAGGACGAUUCGUUGAGUGAUUCAGAAAAUUCAAGCACGAACAAGACUAAAAGCAUAGAAGCAGAAACAACAAUGAAUGUUGAAAGCGAAAAUUCCUGGCAGAAAGAUAUUUGGCAAUUUAAGCAUUUACCUUACUAUGAUGAAAUGAUGGUAGAAGCUGAUGAACAGUUUAAGCACAUCAAGUACGGUUUAGUAAAGACUAUAUUGCUACGAGAUAUACACCCUGGUUUGGUUAUCUGGCUGCAUGAGCUAGAAAAGUAUAUUGGUUUGUAUUCCCGUCGCUUUUCGAAGUCAGACCAUAUUUGUCUCGUGAAGUUAUGCUAUAGUUGCAUGACAAUGAAGGACGCAGAUUUUCAAAUUGUCAAAAUUUGUGCUCAAUCAUUGACUAAUCUAUUAUAUCGAAGGAAACUGUUAUCAAGACGUGAUCUAAUACUUGAUUGGAAACCGCUGUACGAUAUUCAUGUUGAAGUGAGUCACAAAGGUUUAGAACAAUAUGGAAUGUUUCUACUUCCAGACGGAAUAAAGUCUAUAGUUGAACAGACAGUUGCAAUUUGCAGAACAUAUUUCAGCUUAGAGUCUACUCAACAAAUUUUGGAUGAAGUACGACCGUUCAUAUGCCCAUGGGAUGAAAGUAUGCUACGAGCAAUGAGUACGUUAAAUUUGUUCUUGCCGACUUGUAUGGAGCAAGCAGUGCACAAAAAGCACGGUGCUGUUUUAUGGUUUGAAGAAAUUUGGCACUGGUUUACAAAGCUCGAGAACAAUUCAGUCUCUGAAUCUAAACUAGGAGGACUUCUAGCGCGCUUAGCUCGCGAAUGCCCUGGUUUGAUAGACUGGCAUGAUAAAUAUGAUGUGAUCAUGACUCGGAUACUACGGACAUUAAAUUUGGAAGUUGGACAAGGUAUUGAUCGGGUAAAAAUUUCCUCGGUAACUUCGCUUCAUAUUGAUCACGGUGCUGUUUGGGUAGCGUAUAUGCUUGGUGGAGAAGACAAUGGAAUUCAAUCUCACCUCACUCGUCUUUUCAAUUUAUUAGAAUCUUAUUUGUAUCCUUCGAAUUAUGGAGUUCAUUCUGUUACUAUACUUCAUUUUCUAUUAAAAUUGGUGAAUCAUGUAUCUCAAAGAUUACACAGAGAGCGAUAUCAAAAAUCAAGUUGCCAUCCUCAGAUUCCAGCAAACAUGCGCUUAACAAAUGCACAACUAGAUGAGUUUGUUGAGUCUGUUUUACCGUGUGUCAAGCUUUCACUUUUCGCAAAAUAUAAAAUAGAGUAUGCACCAGCCAUAAUUCGUAGUCUAUCGCAUAUCGCACCACGGAUUGUUGUGCCAGCUGUUCUUGACUUGGUUUAUCCUGCACUUGAGUCAGUUAUUGAGCCUCAUCGCUUAGUCCAAUCCAUGAACGCCCUCACAGCAGUCUGCGUUUCAUUAGCUCGUGAUAAUUCUAAUUCGGAUGAUUGCAAACGUGCUCCUUUACAUGCAGUAGAGGCACCAUCGGGCAGGCCGUAUCGCAAUCAUGCCAUAGUUUUGCUCAAUUCAAUUUUGCCUGGUUUGGAUGCUAAUGAUAUUUCAAAAUCGUUGCUCACUUUUCAGGUAAUAAAUUUGUUGUUCACGUUGAUACCAGUUGUUGAUUGUUCGGAAGCUGUUUAUCUGCGUAAUGACUUGACAGAAGAAGAGAAAGAAGUUUGUUCAGCAACAGCAAAUUUCGAGACUAUUGUAGAAAAUCUUAUGGACAAACUGAUAGAGAUCAUUCAUACUUUCACUGGAGGUGCACCAAUCGUAUCAACAAUUCAGGGCUCUUUAAUUGCUAAAACUCAGUCUAAACUUUCUGUAGAAGAAGCUGUAAUAAAGCGAGGCAUAUUUUCUGUAUUUCGUUCUCUUCUUGAAAAUUGCAGUACCUCAAUUUAUAAAAUUGCCGUUAAUAAGUUGUAUGAUUUUGUUGCAACAAAUAUUUAUGAUAAUCGAGUAGCCGCGGACACAGUUUCAGAUAUGGUUUUCUGUGCUGCUAGAACAAAUCCACCAGAAUCUUUGGAUCGAUUUCUGGAUCUCAUUAUAGAAAAAUUGGUACCAUUAAUAACAGAAGAAGUUUACGGUGAGGAGGAUUUGGAUACUACAAUUGUAUGGUAUCUUGUACUAGCGUCUCAAAUGUUCAGAAUGCCUGGAUUGCAUAUUGUGUCACAUAAGAAUAAAAUGCUUACUCUGUUGCGAAUGAUAUUGCCCUUAAAUUCACGUACUGCAUGUGAGUUGUCGUGUAAGGCUUUGGAAUGCAUGUUGACAUCACUGACAUUCAUUUACAUUGAUACCGAUGAAGAAAGGCGUAAAAUACUUGAUCAAUCGCUUGAGUGCUAUUUACCUGUUCGGAAUUGGGCAAAACUAGCGGAUAAAAAGACAUUUCAGCUGAAAUGGCAUAUACCAAUAGAAGUGGAAUUCGAACUGGCAUACGCUAUAUUGGAUGAAUUUUUUUAUCCUCAAUUGAAAAAGUUAUCAGAUGCAGAUUCUUUAUCUAAAACUGGGAUGUUGAAAAGCUUAGAGAUUGUAAGUUCUUGUCUUUCUUCUAUAUCUGGAGCACUACCACCUCUUGGUGGAAAAUUGAUACAGUUAACAGAUUCUCCAAUAGAAAUUUACCCACUUCAGUACAUCAUCGCCCCAAGUUAUGUAAAAGUUAUGACAUAUCGAGGCAGCAAUAUUCGAGAUCUUGUAUUUGAACGGAUAAAGAAUGUUGCUGAAUAUUUAUUGCACUAUCGCGAAAAUGAUACCAAAUCAUUAUCUGUUGUAUGUAGAAUUUUAAAUAUCUUAGUCUUCCAACGUGGUAUCGAUCGAGCAAAGUUUGAACUUCACAAUCAAAAUUACUUGUUAUCGAAAAAAACUGUUGGAGAUGCAGUUAAAGGAAAAAAAGCAAAUAUUGAGAAAGUUGUAUCUGAGUAUCUUUUGAUGCAUCAUUUUAAACGAACAUUGACAUCUAGUGCAUAUUACUUUACGACACAGCAUUUAGAAAUAAUGAGAUUGUUAGUACGACUGGGUACGAGUCUUUACAGUGCGACUCGAAUUCAAGCUCAAAAGAUAUUGAGUCACUGUAUUCAGAAUUUUUUUCUCUCAUAUCGUCUUAUAUUAGAUGAUAUCCUCUCAUUUCUCAAAGAAUCGCCAGACAUAUCGCAUGAACAGUUUAAGGGUGCUUUAUACAUGCUUUUAAAUGGCGAAAAAUUUGCUAUUUGUGUUCGAAGAAAUUGGGCUACUUUGGAGAAAGUGUGGCCAGCUCUUAUUGAAGCACAACAUUCUGAAAAACCUUCUGUGAUUGAUCUUUUGGAUUUGGCCCAAAAUACUCUCAUCCACGAUUUAGAAUCAUUCCAGAUCAAGUUUCAGAUGCCGGAAGAACCAAUUACUGAAGCCUUAAAAUUAUAUUCAGCAGCAAGUGGUGAUGGUGUGCAUCGACUUGCAUGGCUUUUGCCUAAUGAAGAGGAAAUCAAAGCUUCAAUCGGGAGAGAAAAUAGUCUUUGUCAGCAUAAUGAAAAAUUAUAUUAUUCCUUGUGUAAUCGUUUGCUAACACUUACAACUCAAUCGAACCUACAUUGGCGACAUUUUGAAAUGGCGCAGUGUUCUCUUUCAUUACUCAUCAGACGAGAUAUGCCUUAUCCACCUGAUGCAAUUAAAUUAUUCAUUCGACUCCUUGUUAAUGAUACUUAUAAAACGAGGUGUAUGGCUACAGCCUUACUAUCUGCUUGGUUCCGUAUUACAAAACCAAAGGCAAAAAAAAUACAAUUUGAAAAUCCCGUAAAGUUAGUGAAUGCUGGUCCUGGCGCCGUCUGGCCUGUAAAAUACGGCUACCGAAUGGACAAUAUGAUUACGGUUUAUGACAAUAAAAGUGUGCCGCGUACUGCGGAAAAUUGGAAUUCCACAAUAUUUUCGCACAAAAUGCACUUAGGUUUCUACACGUGGCCCAAGAUUAUAAAAGUACCAGCGCCAGCCAAUGAGCAAAAAGCAAGUAAUCUGACUUUUGAUGAAUUAAGUGAAGUUGAUCGUUUUGUGGUGGAAACAUUUCGAGAUGAAGAAUUUGCUCUUAAAUAUAGGCAGUAUAUGAGUGUUGAAGAGAAAAAAUGUGAUGAAUCAUUUGAUAGUACUACUUACGCUUUCUUUUACGGUUUGUUUCGGAAAUAUAAUGAUCUCUUACUUCCAACUUUCAAAAAGCAUUUCGAGAUUUUGCUCAAUAGCAAAAAGGAAGGUGAACAGCGACUAGCAUCAGAAAUGACCGCUGGUUUGGUGAAUGGGAGUAAAUUGUGGACUUUUGAAAAGAUUUUAUCAAUGACGAGCUGGCUUAGACCAUUACUAUUUAGCUGUUUAGAAACAAUUGAAGAUGAGAACACUAAAUGUUGGACAAAAGCAUUCUCUAUAAUUUUCUCAUCACUUGAUCCGAAAGCGCUUUCCUGGUUGAUUGAAAUGCUAUUCGCAUUAAGCAUGAAACCAACAGAUAGUAGUUUCCAUGCUACCACACGAUUACAUUUUCUACAUAUUGCGUUGGGUGAAUGUGAAUGGCGAGUAACUCAAUUGUGGAAUCAGCUUUUUGAAAGAUGUUUGGAAACCAUGGAAGGGUCAUAUCAGAAUUUGCGUGAAGGCAUUGGCACUACUAUUGCUACUAUUUUAUGGUUUGAUCAAGUGGAUUUAUUCAUUGAUCCUCAGAUUCCCAAACAGUUUCAUCCGAAAAAAAUUGUAGAUGCAAUGAACCAAAUUGACACAAAGCUAGAACUUCUGUGGAAUGAAGUUAGCAGAGCCAAACAGAGUUUUAGUACAGAUCAUGAUUACUGCAUCACUAACGAAAGAAUUGAAGGAAAUGGCGGUAACGGAUGGAGAAAAGCAAUCAUGACGUUCAAAUGUGCACUUAAUUAUAUGGAUUCACAUUGGAUGCAGUCGUUCACAGCUCUACCACCUGCCAUUUUCAAUGUUUUACCUUUACUUUUACAUUUUGAAAAUGAAACCAGUGAUGAAGAGUUAAAAUAUAGUUGUCGCUGUCAGUUACGGCACGGAAUGUCUCAGACUGUAGUAGUUGCCAAAAAUGUAGAAAUGGUAUUAUGUGGCGUAAAAGAGUUAUCAUCAUCAGCUGCUUCGUGGUGGAAACCCAAAGUUUCAUUACUGAAGUAUUUACAAGUAGCUGUUUUUUCUAAUUUCUUCGUUUUCUUUCAUCACCGUACAGAAUUGCAAAAUAUUCUUUGCUGUAUGAUACUCGAUUUUAAAUUUGAAGUACGUAUAGCUGCUGCAACAACGCUGUCGGGUUUUUUCCACUGUCGAUUCCUAGACGUCGAAAACUUGCUUGUAAAGUUUUAUGAGUGGUCACAACACGAAAAUGAUAUAAAACGACAUGCUGGAAUUUUGGCUCUAUCUGCAGUAGUUCAGGCAUUCCCUUACUCGGUACCUUCUUUUUUGCCUAAAGUUUUGAUGCAGUUAUGCUCUCAUACGUGUGACAAACAACCUAUACAGAGUACAGUGAAGAAGGCGCUGAGUGAAUUUAAACGUACUCAUCAUGAUAAUUGGCAUGAACAUAAGAUGCAGUUCAGUGAAGACCAACUUUCCAUCUUAACUGAUUUAUUCGUCUCACCAAAUUACUAUGUUUAAUU